ACAUCAUCAUCAGCUAGCUUAUUAGUUACGUUACCACAGUGACAAAGUGAAUGCUCCGGAUGAUCAUGUUGAUUUUAGAGUAGUCAGUAGACUUUGUCACAUUAACAGAUUGACUAUGUUUUUAUUGAUCUACUUUCAGAGAUAGAGCCAGACCCCCCCAUAUCACUCAUUAUACUAGAGGGAGGGAAUUCUGAUUCAAAUUGAGCUUAGCUUGGCCGGUGACGAUAUCGGUGGACACAUUUUUUCCCACGGUACCGGUACCGUACAUCAGCACACCACGAUCACGACUAGGUCUAGGAUUCUGCCGAGUGCUCUGGCGGAGAUUUCUGCAGCAUGGUCAUGGACGUCUUUGAAUCGUACUGGAAUGUUACCGGAGAGACUGACGUAAACAAUACAUGUCUCAAUUCAAGAUACACGACAUCAGAAUGGAUCUAUAUUUCUCUGCCAAUUGCUUUGGUCAUCAUAAUUUUCUUCUCGUUUUUGCAACGGCGAAAGAAGUUGGCUCUUGGAUGUUUGUAUGGAAGACCAGGAACUGUAUAUCCUGUAGAUGUGCUGGAUACGUACACGGAGCGGACAACAUUUGCCCUGGCAUUCUGUGUAUGUUGUAUUAGCAUUUUGGACUUGUUUGUUGGCAACUAUUACUUCAGCGUUGAUACAACACAUCUGCCAAGUAUGGUACAAGGAGCUGUAUGGACUCUCUUUGGCUUUGUCAACGUGAUUAUUGUUGGAAUCAUCCACUACCCUCUUUUGCUUUGUCUAACUGUUCGACAUAAACUCUAUGGCAACAUUGUUGGACUUUUGUAUUCAGCAUUUUGGAGUUUCUUUUACUACAUUGGGUUUGUGGAUUGUUUAUCAGGGGGAGACUGGUUGACACCUGAAAACAUUGUACGCAACCUGGCUAUCUUCCCAAUCAACAUCUGCUACGUCUAUCUAAACAUAAGGUUUCUCUUUGGUAUCUUUUACUACCUUCACAUCUGUAAGAAAAGCUCCAAGAAAUGUCUUGAGAAUAAAAAUAAUAGGGAGGACUCAACGCAGGAUAUGUAUUUUGAGAAGACCCAUUUUUACAAGCGAGUCACUUAUCUUCUUCAACCUUCCCACAAACAAGAAAGCUUCCAUCCAUCCCGCUUCCUGCUGCUUUGGAGGAAAUUAUAUCCUUCAUAUCCAGGUUUCAAGUAUUCACGACGUAUUGUUUGCACGAUAACUUUGAGUUUACUCUGCCUUUAUGAGUUUGGCCUGCUUUACACCAUAGGGUUCUCAGCUUUGAUGAUUGAUCUGAAAGAUGUCUUUUUGUUGGAUGAAAAUGGUCCCCUUUUUCUUGCCAUUGAUGCUGCCAAUAUAUCAUCAGCCUACAUCAAUACAAAGGAAUUCAUAGUUACACUAGCAGAUACUUUGAUGCCAACAUCUGUGAUAUGUUUGAUUUUUAUGGGAGCGUCCACCUUUCAUGCCCUUCUACACUAUAGGGAUGAUACAGUGAGGAUAUGGGGAGGAGACAGGUCGUCCUUCCCUGUUCAAGCAUAUUCGUACUCUAAAAAAGUGGUUGCCAAUCUGACUUACUCUGGAUAUCAAAUAGCAUAUUGCAUAUGGGGAUUUAUUUUUUUCCAUCUCAUCCUGUGGUUGGCAGUGGUGUUUGCCUGGUACUUCAUUCUCGGUCCCUUGAUCAACAACACGAGGAGGGAUAACAUCGUUCUUCAACUCCUUCGAGACUAUUGGUUGGGCUUUGUGAUCACCUAUGUCAUUUACUACAGCCAAAUCUUGGUAUCUAGACUCUUUUUCUUGCAGAAAUAUGGCAAAAACUUUGGGAUCAAUAACAGGCGUUCUUACCACAACAUGGUGUACUUCACAUUGUUUCUGAAUGUCCUUGUUGGCUUUGCAUCAUGCCUUCUACGAAUACUCAAAGCUCUUUUGUUUGGUAUCUUCCUGUUGGGACGUGUGGACUACUGCCUCAUGUACCCUGGCCUGGAGUUCUUUGAUAAAGGUUACAGAUCUUAUGUUGGAUUCUUAGAGUUGGAGGUGAUCCACACUCAUCCUGUCAUUGUGACCUUCUGCCAUUGUCUCUGGCAGGUUGCUCAUAAAGAGAGAGAUCGCAGAGAUAGGCUACAGAAGACUGGGGAUGAACAAGAGGAAUUGGAAAGAAAACGUAGGAAGGUGAUACGGAACAAGUGGCAGCUGGGAUACACCCUUGUGAGGAACCCUGUCCUUCUCCAGGAUAGACUGUCCAACCUCAUCGGGAUUCCAGAAAUACGAGAGAUAGGCAACCAGAAUGGUGGAUUCACCAUUGAGAUAGGGAGGAUAGAGGGGACCACAAGUCCAGUGUGUUCCUCAGAAGAGUAUCAAGCAAUUGAGAUGAAGGCACCAAACAUGGCAAGAGGACUUCACCAGGCGAGUCAAGAUUUAGUGACCAUGAAGGUUAAAGACUGCCUUGAUGAAGUAAGCUUCCAUAAUUCACAAGGCAAUGAUGCCUCUCCACAGGACUGUUCAUCUGCAGAAAGGAAUCACAAGGAGUCCAGAGACAAUGUUGAGAAUGUUGUUCCUGCAUCCACUGGAAAUCUAGAGCCAUCUUCAGGAAAAGGACAACUUGCGAGUAUUGUCGACCAAGGGCAAAGCUCACCAUGUACAAGCCAUGAUGCACAUGAUGGGAAUGUUAACAAUGAAAACCCCAAUAAUGCAGGAAAUGUUAAUGAGCCAUCCAGGAUUAUAGUUGAUGAGGGGAUUGGGACACCUGAUAGUAACAUCUCUGGUACAGGUACUUCAUGUCGAGUUACAGGGCUGCACCAUCAGUCUGACCAUACUGAAGCAACAGAACUGCCUGUUGAUCAGAACAAUGACAAGAAUGAAGGCUUGAAAACCGGAGCUCUGCCAGACAGAUCUGAUGAAGAUGAAGAGAGGGAGGAUGAUUUUCUGGAAAGCAGUCAGCUCAGUGUCUUCAGCAACCAAAGCUUUGAGGAACUCCUCAAGUCCAGUCUCGAUCCUGGCCACAUUGCAGACUGCAGAGAGCAAGGUGUUGAUCUUGUCAGCUAUGUGGAGGAAGAGAUGUGGAAGAACUUGCUUCAUGAAGGAAGGUCAACCCUCAAGAGGGCUAAGCAGGAGGAUAGGGUGGACUCUGUGGUAGAGGAUGGGGAGAGAACAUACCAGGCUCAAGUGGUUAAGGUCUAGGACUACAGGAAGGACAGCAUUGCUGAGGUGAACAGCACAGAAACCUAGAGUGGACCUGGUGGUCAAGAUCUUGGUAGCAUCAGUGUGAUCAUAUAUAAAGAUGGUAACACAGAAGAUUUAAAUUCUUGGCUAUAAGCUUGUUUGGAAAAUAUUGCCACAUAGUCUCUUUUACAAAAGGCCAAUCAGUGUCUUACUGCUAAAUUCUUCUUAAGUGUCUUUCAUUUCUAAUCUUGUGAUUUCAGAAUUUAAUUGCUCAAUUGUUAUUUUUUUACCCGAUUGCUUAGAAAGAAUGAAAACUUGGUUGUAAGCAACUUAGAGGACUGAUGGCUUAAUGUCCUCUCUGACAGACCUGGUAAUGAGGGCAAAUGUCUUACUAAAUGACAUUACUGCACUGACUGAGAAUCGCACCUGGGUCACCAGAUUGUGUUACCACCUCAGUCUCUUCUGACUGAGAUAGCGUGCCUCGACAAUAAUUUGGACAAAUAACGGGUAUUAUGAGAAUAGAAGCAGCAAAGACAGUCAUUAGGAUGAAUCCAAAUGAAGGGGUAGAUGUACAUGUAUUUCUCCCUACACAACAGCGAAAUAUCUGAAUUCAGAAGGCAGUUUUAGAAAAAAAAUGCAUUUAUUCUCACAUAAUGAAAAACGUAGGCAUGGAAGCUUAAUAGCUGUCUUGUAAACCUGUGCCCGGAAUUAUAAUGUUCAGCGAUUAAUCACGGGUCUGAGUUCUAGGAUUAAUUGCAUUGAUUAUUGUGUAUGAUCAAUCUUAAAAAAUAAGCCCCGGAGUCAAUUCGCUUUGCUUUAUGUUACAGGGUUUAGGUUGUGUGGGUUACCAAUGUUUGAAACCACAUUCUGGCAAGUGUGUUUUUGAAUGCAUUUAUCCUUUUUACCAAGCCUAUCAGAAAUGAAAUAAAGCUAUUGAUAUUUGUUGGCAACUUGAACCAUCAAUCGUUUUCGGAGCACUUUGGUUGUUGGAUUUAAAUGUAUUUUUAAAAAAAGAACAGCUAAAGCAAUUACUGCUACUCUGCUGUACAAUUACAAACAAAAGGAACCAACUCUGGGAAUGAGUUUCUGAGUAAAUGAUGAAAAUGUGUCAUUGUUUUAUGUGAAGAUAUAUAUAGAGUAACUUGUGUUUGAAACAUCAAAAUUUCACAAAUUUAGGUUCUGUGACUCCAAUUCCUUUAGCAUCAUGUAGAAAAUAUUCCAAACCAAGAAAAAGUCAAUUUAGAAAAAAAUUGGAGUUGCUUCCCUUUGUCAUGGGACAGCAGUAGAAAAGGGAAACUAUGCUUUAAAAUUGUUCUUGUAUCAAUUUCUCAUACAUGUACCUGCCAACUAUUCCUACUGAAUAAGAAUAUUCCCAUUUUUGGGAGACGAAAAUUGCCAAUUUAACUUGUGUGUUUAAUUUAAGAAUGUUCCUAUUUCUGGAAUAUUUUAGUCAUCUUUUUCUAUUUCUUGGCUGCUAGGAUUUGCAGGUAUGAUAUCUGAAAUCAUACAUUCUUUAUAUGAAAGUGCAAUUCUUAGAAUGCUUUCUUGUCCUUGAGAUUACAUUUGUAAGAUAUUGUGAAUUUUGAAUCACAUUUUUUUUGCAUGGUAUUGUGAAUAAUGAUAAUGUCUAGCAUUUAUGAGACGCGCAUUAUCUAGUUGCCUAUUCGAUGGCGCACUAAAUGUGACCUAGCACCACAAAAUUCACAAAAAGUCGCUCUGUGUGAUUUUCAAUUGGAGCCAAUUAAGAGUAUUUUGGUCAGAAUGUUCUAAUUUCAGAUUUUGGUGUUUUCUGCCUUUUUUUCUCCCUUAUUUACUGUAAAAAUUUGGCUGUACCAAUCGAACGAAAAAUGUAAUUCUUGAGUGUGUUUCUUAUAGAUCUAUCUUUUGCUUUUUUGAGUUAAUUGUAAUCAUCUUAAUAUGUUUUCACAAAAACCUAAAAAUUCUUCUCUCUUUGAACUCCCAUAAAUUCAAAACAGGAUAAUUCUAACAUUGAUACUUGUUUAAACUGAUGGACAGGAUGUAUCUAAUAGUGUGUGAACUUUGGGGGCAAGCUGAUAAUUCCUUCUAUCAAAAUUAUAUUGAAUUUUAAUCUUCCUUCUGUCUACAAUAUGAUGAUGAUGAUGAUGAUGAUGGGUUCUUGUAUAGCGCCGGUAUCCGCCCCAGCUGGGCGCUCAUGGCGCUUGCUCAAAAAUAGGAAAUAUCUCACAAAUUUCAAUGUCUUCAAACAGUGCUUAGGAUCAUCAUUCAGUUCAAGUACUGUCCUAGUAAUGCUACAAUUGAGUUAUUCUUGCAAUACACAAUAGUGGAAGAGUAAGUGCUCUUCAAUAUACUAGUAAUUUUUAAUCCCCCCUUUUCUCAAAAGGAGCAUUCCAUGGUAGCGAACAUUCUCCUCUUACUUGUGUGGGUUAGAAUCAAUCAUUGUGCAUGAGUUAUAUAUCAUAAAGCCUAGAAUCUCCUCUCUCAGAAGGGCUACUUAUUAAGUAGCCCUUCUGAGAACUCAAUUUCUGGCGACUUAUUGUGGGUUUUGGAGUGCCUGGUCACAUACAGUGUCUACAAGAAUUAUUGUACACUCUACAUUAAAAACACAGGAAAAUGAGUGGAUGGACUAUGAUAAAAGUAGAAAAUUGUAACCUGGCUUUCAUAAACUGUAAUGAAUUAUAUAUCAUAUG